AUGUCUUUACCCGAUCAUGAAGAUUUCACUUCUCGUACGAGCAUGAUGACGAUUUUCGGAAAUGAUUUGAUCUUGGAGAUCAUUGGAAAUUAUCUUGAACUUGUGGAUAUUCUUUCAUUGUCGUCGGUUUGCCAAGUCAUUUCCUUUUCAAUUUCAAAUCUUUCCAUUUGGAAAAAUUAUUAUUUCGAUCAUUUACGAGCAUUUGAGAACUUUAGAUCGAAUUUUGAAUCCAAUUCACCAAGUAAAAAAUAUACAUUCCUCGAAAUCUUCAUCAUUAUUACUACCAACAACUCUUCAACAAGAUUCAACUUUUAUGGAAAUGAUUCAAAAUUACAAACAUGA